AAAAGUCAACUUCCCCCCCAAAAAGCUUCCUUUUCCAUUCUCCGACACGCUUGGAUCGGUGUAAGCAAGGGUCUCUUCUCCAGUGGAGGACAUCGCGAAGUGAUCGGAGGAACAGUGCAGAGGACAAAACGACUUUGACAUUGCCAUUGUUGUCUUCUUGGUUGGCCAGGGGACCUCAAAUAGCUUUUAAAACUAGGUGGUGCCGUUGUGGAACAUUAGCGAUGGAGAAAUUUUGAGGGUCUUUGUCCACGGGAGAACCACAUUGACAUUGAGAUCCCUUUUCUGGGACAUUCAUGGUCUGCGAGUCUCUUCGGAAGGAACUGACAAAUUACCCUUGGAAGUACUUCCGAAACAACAACGGAUCAUCAAUCCUUGAGAAAACCAAUUGAUUCUUGGCAUUGGAUUGCUCAUCUCCUUUUGUCGGUAUUACCUUUGGAUCAAAGUGAAUAAACGUGUGAUAUCUCACUAAAGGGCAUUGCCAUCAAAUCCCCCUGAUCGUCUCAUUCCGCUCGGCAAGACACAGAUGACUUCAAGAUCAAAUGCUUCUAAUUUGGCUCAUGCCGUCUCAGUUGGAAUGUACUAUUGGGAUGAAACCAACAGCCUGAUGGAGAAUCUCAGCUCUUCGACCAACGUGUCCAUGUAUGAGGACGACAUUUUGGAAGAGCCCCACAUCUCGCUCUUGACUUUCGAGUUCAUCGUGCACGGCCUUUUGAUCCUGUUUAUUGGGUUUUGCGGGAUCAUCGGAAACAUCCUGUGUUUGUUGGUGCUCUGCCAACGUCAGAUGCGGAAUAGCAUCAACUGUCUCCUCAUUGGAUUGGCUGUCAUUGACAUCAGCCUCAUUGUGUCCGCUUGGCUCAUGUUCAGCUUGCCGGCCUUCCAAAUCUAUUUUGAGCGACGUCUCCUCACCAAGGUCGUGGAUGUCUAUCAAUACAGCACUCCAUUCGUGUAUCCCCUGGGGAUGAUCGCUCAAACGGCAUCGGUCUAUUUGACCGUCUUGAUCACGUUGGAACGAUAUUUUGUGGUGUGUUUGCCUCUGAAGUCUCGGAGUUUGUGUACCUAUGGACGAGCGCGAAGAUGUGUGGUUGUCAUUAUGGUGUGCUCGUGUCUUUAUAAUGUGCCCCGGUUCUUUGAGUACAAGUUCGAAACGUUCCAAGUCAUCAUGCCCAACCGGCACAAUGUGACCCUCACUUUCCUGCAAAGUACAAUGCUCAGGGACAACUCCCUCUACAUAUCCAUCUAUAUGACGUGGCUGUAUAUGAUCUUCAUGUACGUGGUCCCAUUCUCAUUCUUAUUCGUGCUCAACUCCAAGAUCGCCUGGGAGAUCCGGUCAGCUCGGAAGAAGCGCUCGCAAAUGACAAUCGCCCAACAAGCCGAAGAAGGACUGGCCAUCAUGCUUUUGGUGAUUGUGUGCACUUUCAUGCUCUGCAACGCACCCGCUAUGGUAUCCAACAUAAUGGAAGCCUUGCAAUUCCAAGCCGUCAAAUUGACGCAGGUCUCGAAUCUUUUGAUCGUCAUCAACUCGUCCGUGAAUAUUAUAGUGUACGUGAUCUUUUGCAAAAAGUUCCGAAUCAUUCUCUCGCAAAAGCUUUGCCGCCAGCCCAGAGUCAGUCGGGUAUUGAACCCUUUGUUACGGGACGAGAACUGCGCUGCUAACCCACAGUAUCACAACCGUGUGAUUGUCAGACGUAACCGGAGACAAGUCCGGAUCCCCACAUCGCAAUCACUCCCUCUGGUGGAGGUGAUUGAUGUCAAUGAUAGAGCGGAGAGGGAUGCACUUCUGCGAGAUCCGCGAAAAACUGUCGUUUUGAUUCAAGGGCACUUGGAUAAAAUGUUGCCCACAGGACAUCACUCGAUCUACCCACCGCGAAAUCGUGGAAGCUCGUUCCAGUAGUCGCUUGGUUAUCCGGGGCUUGUGGCACGUGACCUCAAUCGAAUCUCUCGAGUAAAAGCCCGAGACGUCUUUUCAUCUUGUUUGGCUGGGGGAUCCUCUUUCCUUUGAACAAGGCCAGGACUGACCGACUAAGCCAAUUAUGUUCGACGUCAUUGGCCGAGAGAGGAUCAUUUGUGAAGCAUUCCUUGGCAUAUGGCUUCCAUUCCAAUUAGUGGCAUUAUGAACGAGGAGGGGGAUCAAAUUUGCGACCUAUUGCAACAAGGUUGCUCAGAAACCUCCAAAACUUUUCUCCGGCCAAGAAAACUUGCGUUGUUUCAACAAUUCAUUACUUUGGCAAGAGUCUGAUGAUCUGCAUUCAAUGGACCAACAAGAACUUCCGAAGACAACCGCCGCACAUAAUUGAAUCAAUUGGCUGGCAAAUGGACCGAAGCUCCUUGUUUUAGAGGGCGACAUUGCAUUGGACUAUUGCGUCAUCUGAAAAAUAGGAAAGUCAUGAAUGAACCUUAGAAUGCAAGGCAAUUUCGAUGCAACUUUCACGUUGUUGUGAACAAUUCUCCAUGGCUUAUGAAUCUUCAAAAUAUGUACCUUUGUCGCAUUUCCAGCAUUCGUACCCGGUGUGAUUAGAAUUCAAUGCAUUGUAUUACUGUUUAUGUGAUACGAACCAAGCAUGCACCCAAAGAAGAAAAUAUAUGAAAAAAGUUAUAUAUAAUACAUGAUUUGUAGCUUAUUAGGAAUCUCUUCUCUUUUUUUGCAGAUGAAAAUACUGUAGACAAAGAUUUACAACAGACAGAAGAAUAAAAUGAAUUGAA